CCGCAUUUAAUUGUCUUUAGCUACGGGGUGGGCAGUGCUUUCCACUUCUUUUACUCAGAACCGAGGGCACACUGCGGAGUUCAGCAUAAACGGGUCAUGGUAACAGCAGAGAUAACUGCGCAGAAUAAACAGCACGCGGCCAUGAAAGAACUCAUGGCACAGAAGGAGAAGCUCCAGUGCCUGAAGGAUUUCCACAAGGACACGCUGAAGCCGUCGCCGGGGAAGAGCCCGGGCACGCGGCCCGAGGACGAGGCGGAGGGCAAGCCGCCGCAGCGGGAGAAGUGGUCCAGCAAGCUGGACUUCGUCCUGUCGGUCGCCGGCGGCUUCGUGGGUUUAGGGAACGUCUGGCGUUUCCCGUACCUCUGCUACAAGAACGGCGGCGGGGCGUUUCUCAUCCCCUACUUCAUCUUCCUGUUUGGCGGUGGCCUGCCCGUGUUCUUCCUGGAGGUGGCGCUGGGCCAGUACACCUCCGAGGGAGGGAUUACCUGCUGGGAGAAGCUGUGCCCCAUCUUUACUGGUAUUGGCUACGCCUCCAUCGUGAUCGUGUCCCUGCUGAAUGUGUACUACAUCGUGAUCCUGGCCUGGGGGCUGUACUACCUGCUCCAGUGCUUCCAGACGGACCUGCCCUGGUCGCGCUGCAGGCAGAGCUGGAACACCGACAGCUGCGUGGAGGACACCGUGCGCAAGAACCGCUCCCUGUGGCUCGCCGCCAACGUCACCAACUUCACGUCUCCAGUCAUAGAGUUCUGGGAACACAACGUGCUGAACAUCUCCGGGGGCAUAGAGGAGCUGGGCCCGGUGAAGCCGGACCUGGCGCUGUGCCUCCUGGCCGUCUGGGUCGUCUGCUUCUUCUGCAUCUGGAAGGGAGUCAAGUCCACAGGAAAGGUGGUUUACGUGACGGCCACCUUUCCCUUCGUCAUGCUCAUCAUCCUCUUGGUUCGCGGCGUGACUUUACCUGGCGCUGCAGAGGGGAUCAAAUUCUACCUGUACCCCGACCUGUCCCGCCUGAAAGACCCCGAGGUGUGGAUUGACGCUGGGACGCAGAUAUUCUUCUCCUACGCUAUCUGUCUGGGAGCGAUGACAUCGCUGGGGAGCUACAACAAGUACAAAUACAACUGCUACAGGGACUGUUUGCUGCUGGGGGGCCUGAACAGCGGUACCAGCUUUGUCUCGGGAUUCGCAAUAUUUUCCGUCCUGGGCUUCAUGGCACAAGAGCAAGGGGUGGACAUUGCCGAUGUGGCAGAGUCAGGUCCAGGACUGGCCUUUAUCGCUUACCCCAAGGCUGUGUCCAUGAUGCCACUGCCCACUCUCUGGGCCAUCCUCUUCUUCAUCAUGCUUCUGCUCCUGGGGCUCGACAGCCAGUUUGUCGAAGUGGAAGGGCAGAUCACCUCGUUGGUGGAUCUGCAUCCCUCCUUCCUAAGGAAGGGUUACCGGCGAGAGAUCUUCAUCGCGGUGCUGUGCUCCAUCAGCUACCUCCUGGGCCUCACCAUGGUUACACAGGGAGGGAUGUAUGUGUUCCAGCUCUUUGAUUACUAUGCAGCCAGUGGAGUUUGCCUGCUCUGGGUGGCAUUCUUUGAAUGUGUAGCAGUAUCCUGGGUCUAUGGCGCUGAUAAUUUCUACGAUGCGAUUGAGGAUAUGAUUGGAUACAGACCAAACCCGUGGAUGAAGUGGAGCUGGAUGGUCAUCACCCCUGUCCUGUGCAUGGGAUGCUUUUUCUUCUCCCUGGUCAGAUACAAGCCGCUGACCUACAAUAAGGUGUACAAGUACCCGGACUGGGCCAUCGGACUGGGCUGGGUCCUGGCUCUGGCCUCCAUGAUCUGCAUUCCCAUGGUGGUCGUCAUCAAGAUCAUCCAAUCAGACGGGCCGCUGAUAGAGCGGAUCAAGGCCGUGGCCGCGCCCAUAAAGGGCGGCGCCAGCUCACGCCCCCCCGACCACCGGCCGAAGAGCGACCUGGGGUACCCGGUGGACCCCGAAAGCAGCCAGGGCCUGUUGCAGCCGCCCCACACCAUCGUGGAGACCAUGAUGUGAUCUCUCUCUGUGAGAGAACAGGAAGGACCUGCUUUAGCCGCGCUCGCUAACUCUCACACGCAUAGGAACAGGUUUACAUUCGCUACACACAUGUAUCUGCACUAGGACAAUUUUUGUUUUCUACAAAAUAAGAUACAUAUGUUUUUUUUUCCUUCUUCUUGGUGCUUUUACUAUUUUUUUAUUAUAUUGUUAUUGGUAUUAUCAUUGCUGUAGCUUGUGGAGGAAUUUAACUCAAGACUUCAGGCAGUGUUUCAAAAUAGCAUUGAAGCUCAGUUUAUCAGUUUUAUCUGACCUCCUUCCUGUAGACAGUUGGGACUGUGGAGGGAGGGGGUGGAAAAUAUUUGCCAGUCAGACGUAAACGUGUCGUGUUUAAACAUUCAAUAUGCUGGUGUGCUCAGACAACAGCCCAGUGUACCUACGUAAUGAUGUUCUUCAAGGUGUUGUGGCAGUAUCCUUGUAAGGUGAAUCAAUUUAUUUUUUUAACACGUAAUUCCUUGUUCUUGUUGUUGAUGUUGUGUGAUGAGAAGGGAAGUGAAUGUACCUGUCAAUAGUGGAAACCACACCCCCUUCCUGGGGGCAGGGCUUAAAGCAGGCUGGAGAGCUCCUGUGCGAUUGGUCAGCUGGACACGGUGUCAGGGUUAGUGUGGACCAGGGCCUCUGUUCCGGGAGAGUGGCAGUCACUGGGGGCUUUAGCUGCAGUCAGGAGGAGUGUAGGAUCUGCUCUUUCAGACCUGGAGUAGACGAGCCCCUGUGUGGAGGAGCUCAAACAGACGCUGAGGCCCUAACCCUAACCCUAACCCUAACUCACACCUCUCUGCCCUAACCCUAACCCUAACCCCCCCUCUCGUCCCACCUCUCCCAGGACGGGGGCUUCAGAGUUCGGGCUGCUGAAGCUGAAAUGAGGCAUUGCUCAUCUGCGUCUCCGUUAGCGUGACUGUACGUCGACCAAUUUUAUGUUCCUGCUGGGAAAGAGCGAAGUGUGCUAAAAGAUAAGGGUUGCUUUUUAUUAGAAUUUUUAGUAGCUCAGCCAGUCAGGAAAAUGCUACGCUCGUCUCAAUGACCAUUUUCAUACAGAGCAUACCUCGCACUUUGUAUAUAUUUUUUAAAAAUACAAGAAAGAUGUUUUCCCAGGAAGAAGCUUCCUUAACCCCUUCGUGCAGAUCUGCCCACUCCUUGCCCAUUUAGGGGGUGCCCUAUUUAAAGCUUUAUAACUCCAGGUGUGAGCAUCACAUAUCCUUGGAAAGUGGCUUAAAUGAAACAAGAAAUGUGUAACCAUUUACAGUACUAACUUAAAUUAGUUAGUUUAUAUUCAUAAUUUAGGUAGACAAAGUGCCACAAAUGCAGUUACCUUGGCAGUGUGCUAUUGCAUAAUACCGCCCAUUAAGCAGAGAGCUUGGGGGUCCAGUGAGGACUGGUGAGAACACAGUAUUAGAAACUUCGUAUUUAACAUAUUUGUCCGGUGUCGUCUUCUAAUAAAGCAAGAAUACAGAGCUUGUCAUCUGAAUUUAGCAAACUCUGGACGCCCGCGUCCUGGUCACUUUGGGAUCUGCACGAAGGGGUUAAAAUGAUUUCACUUUCCCAGACAAAGCACUUUGGGAAAGCCAUGGUCAAAUGGGCAUCUGGCUCUCCCAGGUAAAUCAAAUGCAUUCUAAUGUAAAUGUGCUUGAUAUGGAAACAGACCACUUAGACAUGCACUUCCCCCCCCCCACAGUGUCUGUUCAUUCAAACAUUCUUAACGUCAACAUUUCUGUAAAUUCCGAUGGUAAUCAGAUCUCCACUGCCCAGACGAUAUCUGCACAGAUUCCUGCCACAAGCCCUUAAAAAUGCAAAAAUGAUGGCAGAAGAUGAACAAUGUAAAUUUUUAUAAUGAAGUGAUUUAAACUGGUACUGAAAGCCAGUGGCUUCCUGGCUGUAAAUAUGUUGCACAGCAUCCAUUCAUCCAGUGAAUGUAAACUCCCCUUUUCCCUUUAACCCGUUUAACCUCCUUUCUUCCCUGGCUGUGCCGCCAGGUCGCUAAGCUUGUGUUUUACCCCUUUAAUUCGUCCAUUUAAUACAGUUAUGUUUAUUUUGAUCUAUUUGUUAACAAAUCAUGUUUGCCUUUUUGUAUCAGUUUUUUUAUACUGUUAAGAGAUUCUCUGAUAACCUGUUAUGAAUUAUGAAUCCGUCUCCAGCUCACAUUUAAAUGCUAAUCAGCACAGGCCCCAAACGCAGCUGCUAUUAUGUGUUAGUAGUGUGUGCAAUACUCCGCAGGCUAAUUUUACUAAUUUUAUUAUAAUUUUCCUUUGCAAAAGCCUGUGUCUUCUCAGUUCUCCUUAUUUUAAAACCCAAGACAUGCACUCAUGUCUUUAAAUUGUACAGACAGCGUUCCGCAGCCAGGCCCAAGCACCUGUGUGCUGUCAGGGGGAUUCUGCUCAGCCACAGAUGGAGGUGAAUGGUGGAGGAAUGCUCAUAAAUUCGGUAGAUUUGUUCGUCUGUCUCGGAGGGUCAGUGGUUCAUGGCAGCGGACGCAGAGAAACAAUCCUUCUCUGCUUCCGUGUUGUCAUGAAGGCAAGACAGCGAAGACUGUAAACGCAAGGAACAUUUACGAGCAUUUCUGUUUUCCAUUUCUCUGUUUUUAUGGAAGUAACCUGUAAGGUAAAUAAAACUACUCUACAACAAA